AUGGUCUCAGGGGUCAGGGUGUCAGACGAAUGCAUCUACGAAUUUAACAAGCUGAAAGUGAAGCACCUACACAAGUACAUACUUUUUCGAAUCGAAAAUUGCGAGGAAAUCAUAGUGGAUGUGUUGCAGCAGGAUUCAGAUUUGAAGUCCUUCGAGGAUAUCAUAAUGGACAUCAGAAACAAUUUGAAAUCGACGGAAUGUAGAUACAUCAUCGCAGAUAUGCCUAUCCACACCCCUGAGGGCGUAUUACGGAACAGAAUUUACUUCAUUUUUUGGUCCCCCGAUUCUGCCAAGGCGAAGGAGAAAAUGCUCUACGCAGCAUCCAAAGAAUCGCUUGUUCAAAAAAUCAAUGGCAUCUUCAAAAGCCUAGAAAUAACAUGCGACAUAGAAGAAUUCGAGGAGGAGCUCCGGGCUAUCAUGAUAAACACCUGA